UAAAAAAUUCAAAAAUUUUAAUUAGAAAUAUUUACUAUCAAACAAAAAAAAGAUUACUGGAUGAACACAACUGCUAAUAAUUACAAUAGUUUAAAUAAUAAAAAUUACGCAGCACUUUAUAGUCUAGCUGCAAAUGCUUUAAAUUAGAGUAAAAAUGAAAGCAAUUAAAAGGUUUAAAAUUAACAGGAGCAUACUGGUCCUCCAUAGCUUACUAAUUUAAAUAUAACGCCAUAUAUUCCAAAAAUCAUAAGCAGACAAAAUUAUUAAGAAUCUUCAAACAUAGAUUUGGAUCAAACAAAAAGUUAAGAUAAUUAAAAGCAGCAUAAAAGAGUUAACACAUAUGAUGGGAAAUAAAAUAAUUAAAUCUAAGAAUAAAAGUACAAUUACGAUUAUAUGAAUAUGGUAAACAACUCUAACCAGCAAAAUUUUUCUAAGGACAGUUAGGCAUAGUUACUGAAUAUAAACAAAAACAAUCAAUAAUAUUUAUAAUUACAAAAUAAUUAUCAAAAUUAUAACCUCCCAGAUACUAUAUAAAGUAGCAGAACUCCAGCAUUUGUUUUUUCUAAUUCAAGUUUAACUUCUCCUUAGUAGGGAUUCGGAGAAAUUAUUGAUGUUUAAAAGAACGCUUAGCAAUUUUAAUCACCAUAAGAUGUAGAAGAUUCGCAAAAUAACAAAAAUCAAAUUAAUUUUCAAUCAAAUAAACAAGAUUUAAACUUAAGUGGAUUAAAGACAUAAAAUUUAAAUGACCAACUCAGCUAAUAGGAUCUUCAAUUUAUAAAUAUUAAAUCACCUUAAAGCAACUAACAAAACAUACUUUAAUAUCAGAAUAACUCUAUACAAUCUUUGCCUAAUUCAUAUUACUUUAACUCCUAAGCCACAACUAAAAACUACUCUACUCCUAAGGAAUAAAGUUAGCAUAUCCAUUUUACUCCUUAGCAAGAAAUAUAAAGCAUCCUAAAGUAUAGUGAAGCUUAGACCAAUAAUAGCAGGGUUGGACAAAACUAUGUUCAGAGCUGCACAAAUAGUCCAAGUACUCAAAAAAAAUAAACUUAAUCAAGUAAGAGGUAAGAAAAACCAAUAAAAUCAUUGAAUGUUUCUCAUCACAAUUUAGAAGAUUUUUAGCAAUAAUAAUAAGAAGUUUUAAAUGAAUAAUAGAGAUAGCUAAACCAACAAAUUAAAAAAAUUUAAUCUCUCUAAAAUUCUUUUAUUUAAUUUAAUGAAAAUUAAAAUGACAAUUCUAAUUAAUCAAUGCAAUAAACAUCUCGAAUCAUUUUUAAUAACUAAUUAAAUCAGCUGCAAAGCUCUUACAGGAAAGAAGAUUAUCUAGGAAAUUUAUAAAGCAAUGAAAAUAAUUUUGAUAUAGAAGCAAAUAUUCAACAAAUGAAUGACAUUUGGGCUAAGAUAUAAGUUGCUGUUAAAACAAAAAUAAUUAAGCAAUAAAAUUAAACAGAAGACACUAAAAUUAUUGAUUAACUUAGCAUAGCAAAGCAAUAACUUUAAAUAUAUGGAUAAGAACUUAAGUUUAAAGAGUAAUAGACUGAAAAGUACUAAAAAGAAAAUGAGCAAUUAAAAUAAUAAAUUUAAAAUUUAACAGACAAAAUAUCUUACUUAAGUGAGAACGUGAGUGGAUUCUAAUCUGAAUAAUUACAAAUUAUAAAAUCAUUAUAAAAUAAAUUAAUAGAAAAAGAAAAUUUUAUAGUUAAUCUUUAGCUGCAACUAAAAAAGAAGCAAAAAUUAGAAUUAAAUACAUCUAGAUCUGAAAGAGAUAAUGAAAUUUUGCAUUUAAAGUAGCUUUUGGUAUAGAAAACAGAUGUAAUCACUGAUUUAAAAAUAAAAAACUAAAUGCUUAAAGAAGAAAUAGUACAGUUAGGAUAAACUUAAGUGUAAAAAGAAAACUCCUAUCCAGAGCAAGGUCAAAUUAACUAGAAGAAAAAGGAAUAUAGUCUUUUAAAGUAAAAGGUUAAUCUUUUAGAAGAGGAUAUAAAAAGAUUCAAUGAUGAAAUUAAUUUAAAAUGA